AUGAGAUUAACGAACGUGGUCAUUCUAUUAUUAUUCGGUCAUACAUUGGCAUACAAUAUAGAUACGAUUUACAAAGAUGAACCUACGCACAAUUACAGAAACUAUAAACUCAUACGAAUUUAUCCGGACAACGACGAUACGUUGAAAUACCUUAACACACUUUACGACGGCUUUUCACCGUACGAAUUAGAUUUCUGGCAACCACCAACGCAUAUCGGAGGAAUUGUCGAUUUGACUGUGGCUCCAUCUGAUGCACCGAUAUUUGUGAGAGAUCUAGAGUCUAAGAAUGUUAAUUACAUCGUAGCUGUUAACGACUUAGCGCAAGCCAUAGAAAACGAGCGAUCACCAGAAAGAUUUCACCAUCCUGAGGAAGGUGGAUACUCGUACGAUAAGUAUAACUCACUCGACGAGAUACACAGCGAAAUGAUGCGGCUGCGCAGGGAAAAACCCGACAUGGUCUCUCUCAUCGACAUCGGAGAAACGCAUGAAAAUCGCUCGCUGCUGGUGAUCAGGAUUUCCGGACAAAAACCCAUCACUGGAAAAAAAGCAUCGAUGUGGAUCGACGCAGGGAUUCAUGCCAGAGAAUGGAUUGCGCCUGCUACAGCUAUGUAUAUUGUUCAUGAGCUUGUUCAAGGAUACGAUAAAAAUCCAGAAAUUCAAAAGAUUUUGGAUCAUGUUGACUUUUACAUUCUACCUGUGAUGAACCCAGAUGGAUACGAGUAUUCCCGUGUAAAGAACCGUAUGUGGCGGAAAAAUCGCCGAGCUGCCAUCUGCAAGCGCCAGCUCCAUCAUAUGGUCUGCUGCGGUGGAGUGGACCUGAACAGGAACUUCGACUGGUUCUGGUCAUCCACCGGAUCAUCGUCAGAUCCCUGUCAUGAAACCUACCAUGGGCCAAGUGCUUUUUCUGAGCCUGAGACCAUAGCAGUUAGAGACUAUCUGCAAGCGAAUAAGCCUGAGGCAUUCAUUACGCUGCAUUCCUACUCACAAAUGUGGCUAAUUCCUUAUGGCCAUAAAAGAAGAAGCUAUCCACAAGAUUUUGACACAGCAUUGCGACCUUUGGCUGAAAGGGCGACGAAGGCUUUGUACGACUUGUACGGCACCAAAUAUCAAGUUGGAACAGGAGCUGAUCUAAUGUAUGAAGCUUCUGGAGGAUCCCAUGACUGGGCAAAAGGCACUCUCAAAGUUGACUAUGCGUACCUGGUGGAAUUGAGACCGAAAAAUACAGCACUAGGAUAUGGCUUUCUGCUCCCUGAACGAGAAAUUGCAGCCACAGGACUGGAAACAUUUGAAGCAGUCAAGGUCAUUGCCGAUGAGCUUAUUGCACAGUUUGUUGAGCCUGAAGUGAGGAGAAUAGUGAAACCUACACCUCCACCACUACCCAAACGUAAAGGCUAUAAAAUAAUCGAGACAACGAGACGCGAGGAGCCCGUGCGAACGACACCAAUGACAACAUCCACUGUAACCCAAGCAAGCACAACAUUGGCGACAACGUCGACGUCUACGACGACGCCUUCGACCACGACAACAUCAACCACGACGGAGCAAACUAGCACUAGCACGACGACAGCUAGCACACUCACAGCAGCAGAGGAGAACACGGCCAUUCCAGUCACAACCACCACGAGCGAUUCAUCAACAGACAGCGACGGCUACCCUGUGACUCACAAUGUUUUGGUGUUACUCCGUUCACAUCACCAGGUAGGCCAUGCGACCCCACCCAUAAGCAAUCGAGUCUGCGGUUUCAAACCGUGA